CGACACGUCAAUGGUCAAAAGUUGUCAAAUAUAAUUGGAAAGCGCUGAGAUUCUACCUCCCCUUCUACUUUACUACCUUUUGAUGGGUGCAGCAGCCUUGGCAACCUGCCAAACAAUUCAAUCUAUCACCAUGAUUUGAGAGGCAAGAUAGUUAUUCUAGAUUUUUGGACAUACUGUUGUAUUAAUUGCAUUCAUGUGCUGCCAGAUCUGGGAUUUCUAGAGAAAAAGUAUAAAGAUAUGCCAUUUGUUGUCGUGGGAGUGCAUUCAGCAAAGUUUGACAAUGAGAAAGAUCUAGAAGCAAUUCGCAAUGCAGUGUUGCGCUAUGAAAUCACUCACCCAGUUGUUAAUGAUGGAGAGAUGGUUUUAUGGAGAGAACUAGGUAUAACUUCGUGGCCCACCUUUGCAGUCAUUGGGCCAAAUGGAAAGCUUCUUGCACAAGUAGCUGGUGAAGGUCAUAGAAAGGACCUGGAUGACUUAGUUGAGGCGGCACUUCAGUUUUAUGGUAGAAAGAAGCUAUUGAAUGGUAGCCCCAUUCCAUUGAAAUUGGAGAGAGACAAUGAUCCUCGGUUUUUAGCAUCCCCUUUAAAAUUCCCAAGUAAAUUGGCAGUUGAUGUCCUCAACAAUCGGCUUUUCAUUUCAGACAGCAACCACAACAGAAUAGUCGUUACUGAUUUCGAAGGGAACUAUAUUUCUCAAGUUGGUAGCACAGGGGAAGAGGGUCUUCGUGAUGGUGGUUUUGAUGAGGCGACUUUCAAUCGACCACAGGGUUUGUCUUACAAUGCAAAGAAAAACUUCCUUUAUGUUGCAGAUACUGAGAAUCAUGCAUUGAGAGUCAUUGAUUUUGUGAAUGAGACAGUAAGGACCCUUGCCGGGAAUGGAACAAAAGGUUCUGAUUAUGAAGGGGGAGGAGCAGGAACUACUCAGGUUCUUAAUUCUCCAUGGGAUGUAUCCUUUGAACCUGAGAGUGAGAUUGUAUACAUUGCAAUGGCUGGCCUGCAUCAGAUCUGGGAGCAUUAUACAUUAGAUGGCACAACAAAAGCUUUCAGUGGUGAUGGUUACGAGAGAAAUUUAAAUGGGACAAGCUCCAGAAACACAUCAUUUGCACAGCCUUCUGGGAUUUCAUUAUCAUCCGACCGAAAGGAGGCAUAUGUUGCUGAUAGUGAGAGUAGCUCCAUUCGAGCAGUUAAUCUAAGGACAGGAGGUUCACGAUUGCUUGCUGGCGGGGACCCAAAUUUCUCGGACAACUUGUUUAGGUUUGGAGAUAUUGAUGGAAUAGGUUCUGGCGCACUUCUUCAACACCCAUUAGGUGUUUUAUGUGGUGAAGAUGGCCAAAUUUAUAUAGCAGACUCUUAUAAUCAUAAGAUUAAGAAGCUAGAUCCAGUUAGUAGAGCGGUGAGCACAAUAGCAGGUACUGGUCAUGCUGGUUUAAAGGACGGAGCAUCUUCAACAUCUCAGCUCUCAGAACCAGCUGGAAUUGCUCAAGGAGAAAACGGAAGAUUAUUCAUAGCAGAUACAAACAACAACCUUAUCAGAUAUAUAGAACUGAAUGAUAGAAAUGCUGAACUUCAUACCCUAUCAUUGAAUGGAGUCCUGCCUCCUGCAACUAAAUCCCGAUCCUUGAAGAGACUUAGGAGACGAUCUGGAGCUGACACACAGACCAUUGUUGUUGAUGGGAGUUAUUCAUCAAAGGAAGCUCUGUUACAUCUUCAAAUUUCUGUUCCCAAAGGUUACCAUUUCUCAAAGGAAGCACAAAGUAAGUUUAGCAUUGAAGUGGAACCGGAGGAUGCAGCUCUAAUUGAUCCUAUGGAUGGAUUUCUCAGCACAAAAGGUUCUGCGACCGCAUAUGUUAGAAGAUCUUCGAGUUCUCCUUCCAUGGCAAGAAUCAAUUGCAAGGUCUUCUACUGUAAAGAUGAUGAUGUUUGCUUAUAUCAAUCCCUUGCCUUUGAAAUACCAUUUGGAGAGAUGAAUCCUGACUCCUCACCCGCCGAGAUCUCACUUCCAUAUCUUGUAAAACCAAAGGUGUCCACCUUAUGAUCAGAAGCAUGUGAGUUGCAUCACAUAGUACUCUCCUUUCUUUGCAGGAAUGCAAAAGAAAAAGAUAGAGAAAACUGGAAUAGAGAGAGGUGAAACAACUCUUUUCACACUUCUGUCCCCGUUCGGAGAAAAAAAAUGGUCGGUCUAAAAAAUAUUGUCACUGUAUAAUCUUCAUUUAUCUCCUCUCAACCAACCUAUUUUGAUACAAGGGCUAUAGUAGAAAUGUUCUUAUAGACACUUCAAUUUGGAGAAACUUUAUGCGCUUAUUGCUACCGUUACGCACUGGUGAACAAGA